UGCCGGGCGGAGCCAUCGGUGCCAGCCGCCGGGUGAGGCGCGGGGCGACGAUGUGGUUCAUGUACGCGCUGAGCUGGCUCGCGCUCCUCAUCCAGGCCGCCUUCGUCACCCUCGGCAUCGCGGCUGGAUUGUACUACCUGGCGGAGCUGAUAGAAGAGUACACAGUGGCCACGAGCCGGAUCAUCAAAUACAUGAUCUGGUUCUCCACGGCCGUGCUGGUCGGCCUGUAUCUCUUUGAGCACUUCCCGGGUCUCGUGGUGGGCGUGGGCCUCUUCACCAACCUGGUCUACUUCGGACUGCUGCAAACUUUCCCUUUCAUCAUGCUGACCUCUCCAAAUUUCAUCCUAUCCUGUGUGCUGGUUGUGCUGAACCACUACCUGGCCUUUCAGUACUUUGCAGAAGAAUAUUAUCCCUUCUCAGAGGUCCUGGCCUAUUUCACCUUCUGCCUCUGGCUCAUCCCGUUCGCCUUCUUCGUCUCCUUGUCGGCUGGCGAAAACGUCCUGCCUUCCACCGUGCAGCCUGGAGACGACGUGGUCUCCAACUACUUCACCAAAGGGAAGCGAGGGAAACGCUCCGGCAUCCUCCUCGUCUUCUCCUUCAUCAAGGAAGCCAUCUUGCCCAGCCGACAGAAGAUGUACUGAUCUCCUCCCCUCCAGCAACCCCCGGAUGUUGUUGGUUCCCCCUCCCCACCUCUUCUGGCCACAUGCGUACCUCCCUCCCUGAAAAGGGGGCCCGUUCUGAGCCUCCGCGUCCCCCUUUUUUCCUGACCUCCAGAUCCGUUCGGGGUGAACAAACCGGGAAAGAGCCCAGAGGCGUGGGGGUGUGGAGCUGGGCCUCCCAAGAUCCCCCUGUUUCCUGUGGGUGGCUGGGGAAGGGGGUGAGAAUGGGGAACCCCCCCCUCGCCCACCCCUCUCAAUGGGGUCCCCGAUGAACUCUGAGCGUGCUUUUAAGCCAGGCGGUUCACCUCUUUGGGGUAGGAAGGGGUGCAACAUUUCACAAGCUCUCCACUGCCGGACUUCUUCCAAAGUUUCGAGAGGGAUCUACCCAGGAAGGAAGGACCGAGUGGACAUUCUUAAGAUGCCGCCGCCUUCCGUACCAGCUGAACUGAACCAGACCGCCCGGCCAGGAGUGAAAAAGAGUCUUAAUGCUUCUUCCUUCAUUGUGUUGGGAGGUUCCUCUCCGGGAGGCUGGCUAAACUUUUGGUUCUGGUUCUUGUUUUUUUUUUAAAAAAGGAAACCAGGAAUGAUGGUUCUACCCAAACUUCCUGGCUCAGCUUUUUGGGGGUAUGUGAAAAGCAAAGCUGCGUUUAGCCCGGAAGACUGCCGGUGUCCCCCCCCACCCCCAAAAGCUUCCGGGACUUCAACCGUGGGGGGUGAGUGAAAAUCGAACUGUACUGUACCAACACCUCGAGGUUGGGGAAGGAACCAAGAUUGCGUGCAAAGAAUUUGCAAGGUUGUGCCUGGAGUGCGGGAAGCCACGAGGGUCGACUCUGCUACUUGGGCUGGGCGGCCCCCUGGCUCUCCCCUGGCAGUUUUCAGGCUGCCUGGCUCAUCUAGAGGACCUCCAGAGGCUCCCAGCUGCCGCGAUGUCCUUGGCUGAAGGCGACGGGCAUCUCAGCACACAGUCUGUUCAAUAAAGGUGUUCAGUUGACAACAGAACAA